UGGUGUUUAAUGUGGGUGUGCAACGUUCCCUCGGAUUUUAAGGACUUCGCGAUCGACCUGGAACACCUUUCCCCGCGACGGUAGCGGCAUAGCAACGACGAUCGAACGAAGCGGAGCUGCAGCCGUCUUCGUGCAUCAACAGGUGUAUCCCGGAUGGCGGGGACGUCGGUUACACGAUGACGGAGUUGCAACCGUCGCCGCCAGGAUAUCGCGUUCAGGAUGAGGCCCCAGGCCCACCUUCCUGUCCCCCGGGGUCCUACAAAUACGCAAGCCACAGCCACGGGAGCGAGGCUACCAAUUUCAAGAGUGCCACGUCGUAUUCUCAGGAAAGCUAUGGCCUUAAGCAGAGUCCACCUCGAACGGUGGCUCCUAACGAAUAUUACCGUCGCAGAAACGACGGACGGAGAUCCAGCACGGAAAACGAUCACGAGGGUGGCAACGGCGGCAAGAAGACCACCGCGGUUACCAGUUACAACGACGGUCACAAGAAGAAUACUCCGGGCUAUAAGAACGACUGCGGAUACAGCGAGAACCUCGGAUUCAACAGCUUCACGCUCCCUCUUAAUGAGAGAGACGAAGCUUCGCCACCACCGACGCCGCCAGUUAGGGAUGCCUCCAGCCUCAAGGGCGUGUGUUACGGCCCGGGACACGAGAAGUAUCCUUCGUGGCCGAGCGCGCCCGAACGACACUCCGACGAGGAGAUCCACAGCUCGGGACACAGCGGUUCUCACCGCUCCAAGUCCUGGACCGAUCACACCAACUAUCCGAAGGAGAAGCCGGCCCAGUACACCAGACCACACACGAAGAGGCCCAAUCCCGCGUUCACGCAGCAGUUGAAGACGGUAAUGGAGCGUUGCGAAAAGAUCCCAGCCGAGACUUACGAGUCACGCAACAGAAGUAACGUUGAAGAAGAGCCGAGGUUGUGGCCGCGCGUGGAUCGCGAAGGUAAAGCUUUGGGAGAUGCGGAAUACGUAGUUCCAUCGCCACCGGAACGGGAACAGCAAUCUCAGACACUGAAUCACGUUGAUUUGGAGGCUUAUGUAAGAGGCUACCAGGACCCUCAGGUGUCUCAGGUGGACCUCUAUCGCGAAACUACCUUAACGCAAGCGGGUCUUGAAGAAUAUACGAGGGUGCAACAUUCUCAACAAGCCAGCUACGCGCAAUCCGAGGGAUACCACAGUUACGUAUCUAGCGUAGAUUCUACGACAAAUACGCCGUUUCUCGAUAGAUUGAGAAGAGAUAGCGAGGCGGUAGCACAAAGACCCGCGGCGUCUUGGGAAGAUACAUCCCGAGAGGGCAGAGACAGCGUAGUAACUACAUCUAGUGGUAGCGCCUCUAGUAGCGAGACUUUAAAGUGGCAUGGCUCCAUGUCGGACGUCAGCGUAUCAAGUGGUAUGCCUCCUCGCCAAGGGACAUCAGAUCGAUGGCAUGGAUCCAUGUCGGAUGUUAGUAGCGUAAACGGAGGAAUUUUAAAAUCUAACAACGGUUGUCACGAGAAGUGGCAGAGUUCCAUGAGCGACGUCAGUACAAGUGGGAUAGGCCCGCCGGCGAAAGGAAGGCACAGUCUUGACAAAUGGCAGUCUUCGAUGAAUGAUCGAAACAAGCAAGGACAAGGUAGACCUAGUUUGCCAGCGGUAAUCAGCCAUUGUACGUCGUCUGCCUCGAUUAGUGACAUUUGCCAAACAUCGGCGAUUCGAGAAAGCAAAUGGCAAGAAUCCAACAUCGAUGAGGAUUCGCUAAAUGACAGACAACAAACGAAUCAGUGGGACAAUUCAAGUAGACUUGAGAACGACAAAUAUACUCAACCUAUGCCACAAAGUCCUACGCGUCAGCAAGGAGCGGCUAGUCCGCAAAGUACUGAAAAUUGGAAUCCUAUACAUGGGUCGAUGUCCGACGUAAGUCAAAGUAAUGGAAUUCAAUGCAGCAAGCAACUGAUCGCUCACAGCGCGAGAGUGCAGACUCCUCAACGGCAUCAUUCGGAAAGCGUGUUGUAUUUGGAUCGUGAACGCAGUAAACGAAAACUUUAUCCUGUCAGUACAACACAACUGCAAGAAUCCACGCAAUCUUCAAGAAUGACUUUAAGUUCACCGUCGCAACCACAACUUUCGGUAGCUGAACGUAUAAAUGAAUUGGAAAAACAGCAACAGCAGCAACAAAUGCGUUACACUUAUUUGGAUCCCGAGAAACGUCAUAGAGUGUCUGACCCUACUCUGAAAGCUAUCCAAAAGAAAGCGUUAUUGUCUUAUUACGAAAGACAUCAUCAAGCAUCUUGGCGAUCGGAACCUCAACUAGCGCAAGGUUCUGUGCCAACUUCUCAAAGCCCUCAGAGCCCUCAGAGUCCUCAGAGUCCACCGCCGCAGCCUCCUCCACGACCGAGACCAUCUUCAUCUCGAAGAGCUAGUUCAGCAUCAGAUUAUGCUAGUGGUACAUGGAGGGAAAAUAUUAACAGAAGUCAGAAUCAAGGAAACGGCGAUUUACCAAGUCCUAAGCAUCAGCACAGCAAUAGUUGUAGUAGUCUCUCCACGGAUUUAUUGGGACCCGUGAUCGUUGGAUCAGCCAUAUCGAUAGACGAUUGGGUACCCGAGAGACCACCUAAAAAGCCACACCUGAGAAACGUUUACAACGAACGCAUGCCCAGUCCUGACUUGCCACCGCCGUCACCACCGACGGUCACGGAGAGCGAGGUCCACGAUUGCGACGAUCCAUUACCGCCCCCACCUGAGCUCAGCGACGACUGUUUCACGGAGACUCAACGUAAAUCUAACAACGUUCACCACCAGAUGGAGGAAACGGCAAAGAUCAGUCGUGAAAGGUCAUGCGAACGACACAAGUCGGAAAGGCAUUCCAUGAAAAGAUCGAAACACAGCGGUAAGAGAGAUCACGAUAAGUCGACCGGCAAAUCCUCGCCAAAUUCAACAAAAAUAGACGCCCAAGAACAGGAACAGCACCAAUUUGUGAGAUCCGCCACAGCGUUGAAACAUGUGGAUUCCGAAAUGGUGCUGGAGAACGGUGUGUCGGCCGGUUUCGCGACGCACAGGAUGGUCGCCACGGGACGUUCCAGUUUGAGAUAUCCUUCUACACAGAAGCUUAUGGUGAACGGAAGGAUAGCGCCGACGAGGAGAAUAUCCGAGGAGAGAUCUUUUUCAAUCAGACCUCCGGCGCAACUGCCUGAUCUCAUAUCGCAAAGAUACAGUGAUUCCGGGAAUCAGAGACCCGCCCCGCAAGUUCCGGUGGAGCCGAGGAUUAUUCGACAGGAAUCGAUGCGAGUCGACGGCACGCGCGUCGACGCGUCCGGUUUGUUGAGAAAUGAUUCCGGCCAGAGAUUGGAAUCUUCUUCAGGUCAGAGACCGCAACCUCAAGUGCCUAAAAACACAGAUAAAAAUGCUACAAAUCGAUCCGCAAGACCGAAUUAUCUGCCGGUGACGGACAUUGCGAAGAGUCCUUCCAAAUAUCUGAAGAGCGGAAAUCACAGCUUCUCCAUCGGUAGCCCGGUGAAAACGGGAUACGAAGCCAGCUCGAAGCUAUUCCCAUCGGAAUCAAGCCCGCAGAAGUAUCACGAGCCCCCGAAAUACGUUCCUAAUCACCAUCAACGUUCUAGCGACGUGACGCAAAGGACCACGCACGCUUACUACGCGCUAUCACCGAAGUACGUUGAUGUACCUAAACAAAAAUCUCAAUGUCUGACGGAGAGAUACAGCACGGAUUCUCCUAGUUCUCCUCCACCGCCUUUAGCACCGCGGCAGAAUACGUCCGGUAGAAAGUCCUUGCCGCCUCCACCGAGACCCGCACCUCCACACUCCCAUCAAGGAAGCCAGUCUAAAGCUUCCUACUUGGCUUACAGACGAGAGCGUGGUGCUCCUGAUAGCGAAGGCAGCUACAAGAGAACUAUGUCACCAACCUCACGGAUGGACGACUGGCCACCUCCUAGGGAUCACGACGAUCCUGUACUUUUACGUGUUACACCGAAUCAUCAAUUACAACAACAUCACCAUCAUCACAACAAUCAUCAUCAACAACAUUCUGAUUUCUCCAAAUCGCACAGCGUGGACGCUCUUCAUCAUCGAUUGGAGGACAGGUGUUCUCAACAGCAGCAACAUUCGGCAGAGGUGGUCAGUAAACUCUCGCACGAUCUCAGCAAAAAGCUUCAGGCCAGCGACGUGAGAUCUCGCACUAAUGAAAACAACAACAACGACACCGAGGACCGACAUCAACAUCAUCAUCAUCAUUAUCAAGAAAAGAGGCAUCCGGAAAAAAGACACGACUACGAGCAACGCAGAGAAAGACUAUCGCCGCAGAGCGUGGAGGUUCUUAAUGACAGGAACAGGCAGCUAGAGCGGGAACGUCGGAAGUUGGCAGCGAGCUGCGAGCCCCUAUCUCAAAAUAGAGAGAAGCAGCUACGAGAAAUUAAUGGCCCGCUCCCAAUCACCAGCGAUGACUUUUUCCGCGAGAGAAGCGCCACGAUCGAGAUGACUUCGCAGAAUAUUGAAUUACUAAAUCGCCGUAAUGAAAAAAAAAUGAGUGGUGUAUCAACGUCAAAUAACACAUUAUCCACGUACUCUAUCAGUACCACAACAUCGUCAGUGGCCUCGAAUUAUGACAACGGCUGGUCUAGAAAACACGAAACGCAGAGCUCGAUAGAAGCUACUAUCUUUUCCGAUAGGCCACCACCACCGACAAGUUCACCACCGAGAUCACCGAAUAUUAUCGAGACUGCAAGUCCACGAGGAGCUGUUCCGAGACGAUCUGGAAGUUGUUCGAGUACUUCUUCCUCAGGAAAGUCGAUAGAUGUUCGUGUCUCGCCUCGAGCUUUGCUAUCCAGAUCGCCUCCCAAGAAUUCUUUCGAUUCUCUCACGCGGAACGAAGCCCGAAUAGAAUACGCCUCUAACAGAAAAGUUUCCAGUCCGACUCAAACGGAUAACACAGGUUCCUGGAACAGAUCCAACUCGCCGAGCCAGCUGAGUCAAAUGAGUGAUACGGAUUCGCGUGUCGAAAGACUUUCCGCGUCUUCGAAAUUCAGAUCUGGCGGCAGAUCAUCCACGUCUUCGAUCUCAAGCGUUUCCAAAGCGUCCUCUUCUUCCUCCCCGAGGAAUUCGCCGGUUGAGGAGGACAAGUUGUCGCCGAGGUCGUCGCUUUGCGUGUCACCUCAACCGGGCAUAGAAGGAUUGACGUUAGUACAACGUACCGAGAUCGUGCUCCGGGUGAACGCGGCUACCAGCGAUGCCGCCUCGCAAACGGACAUCUUGGAAGAUACGGAGCAAGAUUGCGUCAGCAAGAUUCAGCGGCCGCUUCCGGAAUCUAGGAAGAAAUUACCGGAGGAGAUCGAGUGCGAGGAGCUCAGCAAGGAUUUAGCCAGUCAACUCAAUCCCAACGACAAACUGGUGCCCAUACUCGUUCCAGCGCCGGAGCACAAGAAACCCACCGACUACGUUUCCGGUCUGUUCAGGGUGGAGGCGACCUUGCAGCCACGAACAAGGCAACGGCUCUCCCUGGAAGAGUCAACGGCCUCCUGCAGCGAAGAUGCGGACAUGGACGAUAAAAAGUGAGUUUUUCUUAUUCUCAUUUCUUCCUGCUCCUUUUCUUUUCGGCUGAGGUUUACUUAAUUAAGGCUUAUUUAUCAGGCAGCUCACGCCGCUCCGAUAUCACGCACGUUGUCUUCAUCCAGCCGUGCGUCCGUAAGGGUCAGCAAGAUUGUUGUUACGGACGAGGCAGAUAGGACAGAGUAAAUAUAGACCAAACGCGAUAAUUGAUAGUUUUCACGUGCUCGCGAGCAUUGGAUUACGUGCUAUUAAUCAACUCGAAUGCCAUGGCAUACGAAGGCGUUCAUUACAAGUGCAAAUUCGCGAUUCUCUUUACUCGACUUAAUUGGUCGACGUCUAGGAAGCACCAUAUAAUCUUAAUAAACAAGAGUAGAAGCUUCAUUUGCUCAUUUUUGCAACUGUCAUUUGAGUUUCUUUAAUCCCGCAUUCGCACUCUGUGUGGGCCGCCACUGCAAGUAAAAUAAAUCUGCGGAUCUUUUUAGAAGAAACGCCAGAUGUAUCUGUUCUUCGCAUAAUAUUUCGUGCGAAAAGAAGACGGCACGCGUCUAAAGAUAUCUCGUUUAACCAGACGCAUGUAGGGAUUCUUUAUUAUCCGAUGACGUUCGCGUGGGCGUAGACGGCAAAAUUCUUGACAGUCGUUAAUGAACUUUCAUUGCUGUCUGGUUUUAAUUGUUGUUUUUCAACGAUGAUAAACGUCGGAGUUUAACAAACCGACAGCAGCAGCAGAUGGGAAUGUCUUGUACAAACAUACAAGUGCAGAUGGUUCUUUUCUUUUCUUCGUGUAAUCUUAUCCCUUUCAUUCUUGCUUCCGCUUUUUAUUCUUUGUUGAUUCCAGAUAUAUCUUACGCACGAAUUAUCAUAUCGCAAAAA